AUGGAUCCUCAAGCUUUUAUUAGGUUGUCAAUUGGGUCAUUAGGACUCAGAAUUCCUGGUACACCUCUUACUGCAGGAAAUUCUGAUAUUCAAGCGUUCUCCUCUUCUUGUGUAUGUGAGAUCCGCCUGCGCGGUUUCCCUGUGCAGACAACAUCAAUUCCCUUAAUAUCCUCAACUCAGAUAAACCCCGAUUCUCACAGCAUUGCCUCCAGCUUUUAUCUUGAAGAGUCGGACCUGAAAGCACUUUUGGCACCUGGAUGUUUCUACACUUCUCAUGCAUGUCUGGAGAUAGCGGUUUUUACAGGUCGGAAGGGCUCUCAUUGUGGUGUUGGUAUCAAAAGGCAACAAAUUGGGACGUUCAAAUUGGAAGUGGGUCCAGAAUGGGGUCAAGGAAAGCCAGUUAUUCUUUACAAUGGCUGGAUUGGCAUCGGCAAAAAUAGGCAGGAUAGUGGAAAACCAGGAGCAGAGCUUCAUUUGAGAGUGAAGUUGGACCCUGAUCCAAGAUAUGUCUUCCAGUUUGAGGAUGAUACUAAAUUAAGUCCCCAAAUUGUUCAACUUCAAGGGACCAUCAAGCAGCCUAUUUUCAGUUGCAAGUUUAGUCAAGACAGGGUAUCCCAGGUAGAUCCGCUGAGCACCUUCUGGUCAAGUUCAGUUGACGGUGUGUAUCAGGAUAUCGAAAGAAGGGAGAGAAAGGGCUGGAGGGUGAAGAUACAUGAUCUCUCUGGCUCAGCUGUUGCAGCAGCCUUCAUAACAACUCCAUUUGUUCCGUCAACAGGUUGUGAUUGGGUAGCUAAGUCCAACCCAGGAGCUUGGUUGAUUGUUAGACCCGAUGCAUGCCAGCCCGAGAGCUGGCAGCCAUGGGGAAAGCUUGAAGCAUGGCGUGCACGUGGCAUCAGAGACUAUGUUUGCUGCCGCUUCCACCUUUUGUUGGAGGGGCAGGAAGGUGGUGGGCUUCUAAUGUCUGAGAUGUUGAUGAGUGCCGAAAAGGGAGGGGAGUUCUUCAUAGAUACUGACAGGCAGGUCCGACCAGUAGCAGCAACUCCUGUGCCAAGUCCGCAGAGCAGUGGAGACUUUGCAGCACUGAGCCCUGUCAUAGGCGGAUUUGUCAUGAGCUGUAGAGUGCAAGGGGAAGGGAAAUGUAGCAAGCCGUUGGUGCAACUAGCCAUGCGACAUGUAACUUGUGUGGAGGAUGCAGCCAUCUUUAUGGCUCUUGCCGCUGCCGUUGACCUCAGCAUUGAGGCGUGUAGACCAUUCCGUCGGAAGACCCGGAGAGGUACCCUCCAUUCUUGGUGA